UCUCUGCCAAAGCAAUGGGUUUCUUACUUAAAAGAAGAUCAGGGAAACCAACCAUUGCCAAAAUCUUGUUUGUUCCCGAUAGCUUAACCCUCUUAACUAUCAUCUGUAGUUCAGCUCUAGUAAAUGAAGAAAGUAAGCGGCCGCUGCAUCCGCCACCACCACAACCAGCCUGGCCGCGAGUUAAACCACAAUUUAUUCCUCCUCCUCCUCCUCCACCUCCUCCUCCUCCACUUCCCAUAAAAGAUCAGCCUAACGAACCUCCUCCUCCUCUUCCCAUAAAAGAUCAGCCUGACGUUCCUCCUCCUCUCAUAAGAGAGGGUGCAGAUCCCAUGUCCCCUCCUUACAUGUGCCCUCCUAUCCCACUAGUUAGAUUUGACAUGUGGCUUCCUUUAUUUUCCAUAAUUUAAUUAUGUUAUUUACAG